CCCUGGGGACAAGUUGGCGGAGUUCCUGACGUAAUUCCAAGAUGGCGGGCGCAGUCAGCCAAGAAAAUGGUGGCGAAAACGAAACUGCUAGCGACUCCUUGCCAGACUUAGAAACCCAGAAAAAUGACAUCAAAGAAUUAAUAAAUACAACGCUACAAAAAGGUGACACUUGGUACUUGAUUGACUGUCGUUGGUUCAAGCAUUGGAAGAAAUUUGUAGGAUUUGACAGUUGGGAUGUGUACGGUGCAGGAGAGGCAGUCAAUAAUCCUGGGCCCUUGGAUAACUCAAACCUUUUUACAGAUGACAGAGUAACACUUAAAGAUCACUUGAUAGACGAGCUGGACUAUAAUCUGGUACCAGAGGCUGCCUGGCAUAAGCUUGUUUCCUGGUACGGCUUGGUAAAUGAUCAGCAGCCCAUUUCACGGCAAGUAGUGGAGCAUGGCAUGUAUGUGCGGCACUGCAAGGUGGAGGUUUACCUUAUGGAGUUCAAGCUGUGUGAAAACUCAGAUAUGGACACUGUCGUCACCCAACAGUUCAGCAAGGGAGAUACAAUAGGUCACAUUGUAUCAACAAUGAAAAAUCUAUUUAGCAUCCCUGAAGAGUCAGAGACUAGAUUGUGGAACAAGUACAUGUCCAACACUUUUGAACUGUUGAGCAAUAUGGAACAAUCUGUGCAAGAUGCAGGACUGUAUCAAGGGCAGACACUAGUUAUUGAGCAGCAGAAUGAAGAUGGCUCUUGGCAACGGCAAAAUACUAGGAGCUCCUAUUCUUCAUCGACGAUCACCUCAAGUUCUGCAGAUAAUGGCUACAGCUCUUCCAAUAACUCUUCCUCUUACAGUGGAUAUGGAUCAGGGCGUUAUUGGAGCAACUUGUAUGACAACAAGAAGUCAUAUCGUGGCACCCCUGGACUUACAGGUCUUGCAAACCUGGGCAACACUUGUUUUAUGAAUUCUGGAUUACAGUGCCUUAGCAACACCAUGACCUUGACAAAGUACUUUCUGUCUAAAGAAUAUGUUGAUGAACUCAACACUGACAACCCUCUUGGAAUGAAAGGUGAAAUUGCUAAGGCUUAUGCUGACUUGUUGAAUCAAAUUUGGUCCGGGCAGUCAUCUUCUAUUGCACCUCGACAAUUCAAGAUGCAGGUUGGGCGAUUUGCGCCUCAAUUCUCUGGCUACCAACAGCAGGAUUCUCAUGAACUAUUGGCUUUUUUACUCGAUGGAUUGCAUGAGGACCUUAAUCGCAUAAAAAUGAAGCCCUAUAUUGAGUUAAGGGAUGCUGACGGCAGGCCUGACCAGGUUGUCGCCUCAGAGGCAUGGCAUAACCACAGACAGCGAAAUGACUCCAUCAUUGUAGAUAUUUUCCAUGGUUUAUUCAAAUCCACGUUAGUCUGUCCAGAAUGCAAUAAGAUUUCAGUGACAUUUGAUCCGUUGUGCUACUUAUCCCUACCGCUUCCUGUGAAGAAGGAGAGAAAUAUCGAAUGCUUUCUGAUCAAGAAUGAACCCAUGGAAAAGCCAGUUCAGUUUAAGCUGACAGUUCCUAAGAUGGGAAGUGUUGCAGACAUGUGCGCCAUCUUAGGCAAGCAAGCAGGUGUGCCUAAAGACAAGCUGGUUGUAACAGAUGUGUAUAACAACCGUUUUCACAAGAUCUUCAAAAACACUGAGUCACUGACAACGAUAAUGGACAGAGAUGAUAUAUUCAUCUAUGAGGUGUCAGAGAGAGUAGACAACCCGGAGUACCUUGUUCUGCCAGUCUACCAAAGGAAAAAGGGGGCAAGGCUUGCCAGUUACACGUAUGGCAGCUCCAGCAAGGUUCUGUUCGGAAUACCUCUUCUCAUCUCUGUUCCGAAAAAGGGCCUCGUCUACAGUGAGCUCUACAAGAUGUGUCUCAACAAGAUGAGGCGGUACGUGACUGCCCCAGAGGAGAAGGAUGAUGAUGUUGAAAAUGGCGACGACAAGACAGACAAGACUGUUUGUAAUGGACCCGAUGUUGAGAUGAAUGAGGCUGAGAGCGGCGACAGUGACGCCGAGUCAGACGAGGAGCUAGAGAAAGCGUACAAGAAUGUGAGCGUUAACGGUGACGAGGAAGAAGACAAGGCAGACACCGACGAAGAGACGCCCACUGUCACCAAUCCCAAGACUGAAGUGACGGAAAAACCCACGAAGAAGACUCGUCUUUUCUCGCUCACGCUUGUCAACAUGUAUGGCAGCACAGACAUGCACGCACUUGCAGACGAUGGCAAGCCGCUCAAACUCAGCCAUCAAAGUUAUCUAUCUCUCGACUGGACGACCGAGAAGAAGGAGAAGUACUACAACACCAACCUCUCAGAGGAGACAGAGGAGGACGAGAGCGUGGCCAGGAAGCCCACCCAGCGCAAGAGUGUAGUGCAACUAAAUGACUGUAUACAGCUGUUUCUGACCCGAGAGAAGCUCGGUGCAAAUGACCCUUGGUACUGCCCUCAGUGUAAGAAACAUCAGCAAGCCUCUAAGAAGUUCGACUUGUGGUGCUUACCGGAAGUGCUUGUGAUCCACCUCAAGAGGUUUUCCUACACCAGCCUCUGGAGAGACAAAAUUGAUACUCUUGUCAACUUUCCUCUUUGUGGUCUUGAUAUGUCGGAUUACGUCAUCGGUAAGGAUGGGCCCCCGCCGCUGUACGAUCUGAUCGGCGUCUCUAAUCACUAUGGAGGAAUGGGCGGUGGACACUACACGGCUUACUGUCGCAACCACGAAGAUGAUCACUGGUAUUCAUAUGACGACAGCAGCGUUAGUCAAAUCAACGAGGAGCAGAUUGUAUCCAAGGCGGCGUACGUUCUGUUCUAUAAGCGACGUUGUCCUCAUGGCAACGGGCUAAAGAAAAGCGAGAAGGGGGUGGACUCUGGCACGGACGAGCGGAUGAGCGAGACUGGGGAGGAGAGCGCUUCCGAGCAACGAGUGCCAGCCGAUGAAGAGAUGGACACCAAGUGACUUCGGUUUGCAGAAUGACCCCUAACCACGAAUUCUUCAAUGGCUAUUUUGUUGGCGGUUGUCAAUGGUUGCACGUUAAUCAUGGCGGAUUUGCUGGUCAAAUAUUGCUUAUUGCUGGUUGCGCUUCACCGCUACACAAUAUUCUCAAGUUAUAAACGGCUCUGCUGCAUCUAUUCUCUAUAUAAUGUGUCACUUUCCUCGAUCAAGUCUCUACCCAACUAUGAGAACAACUCCUACCCCUACCACGUGAUAUACUGAAAAUGAUACGGCACACCUUGAGACCUUGCGAGAUAACUUAUUAUUUGCGUAAAACCAAGAGAUACCAGUAGGUCUUCUGCAGCAGACCUCCGUAUAAAACCCUCCCCUUAGAUUUAAUAACUGCAAUUCGUUGACAAUAAUUCUAACCCCCACCCACCUCUUGGUGCUCGACGGGAAGUGUUUUGUUUCGAUUUCCAAACUUGCUGAUUAAUUAUUUUUGUAUAAAUUCACUGUUUUUGACUUUUGGCAACCAUAGAAUCGCCUUGUGGUUUGAACCUAUGUUAUGCCCUACUGCCCAGGCAAAUAAAGAAAUUAGGUUCGAGUAUGAAAGAAACUGGCUGGACCAAGUAUUGAGUGCUUUACUGGGCUUAGGCACGAUGGAAGCGUUCCCAAUUGCUACCCGCGCUUUAAUGUAUCAGUGUAUCCAUAGACUUAUGGAAUAUUUAAGUAGAUAAAAUUUACUGUACAAAUUCUAAGCAACAAUACCAUUUAUUAUAAGCUCUGGCUUAAAUUGUGUUUUUUAUAUGUCGAAUAAACAGUGCAAAAAUUGAAA